UGAAGAGGGCUGGUAUAUUUGUGCCUGCUGGAGGUGGAAUUAACUGUGAGAAGGAGGAAGAGAUUGAAUGGAUUUACAGGAAGGAUUUCAAGUAAAUUCAGGGAAACACAUUUACUUGAACAGAAUAACCUUGGGUCUUGUUUUACACUAAGACCAUACAAAAGAUGUUCAAGUUAUCACUAGGCUGCCGGACAAGCAUAAUUCCAACACUAAGGUGCAGACCAGCGUAGAUCUGUGAUUCAGACCUCAGGAUUUGUUUUGGAAAGAGUUCAAGCAUUGGGAAGAAGUCAGAGCAAGUGAAGAGAACUUGGGAGCUACAGUCUAUCAGAAGACCAGCUUUCGUCAGUUCAAAUACCAAAGGCCUGGUUAUCAUAAAUUCACAUAGGAAUGCAUAGGUUAUUUGGUCAAAUAAUUUUAGCCAGCUUUUGCUCCAUCAACACCGCAAAAGUUCUUAACAACUGUGGAUAAUUAGAAAUCUGACCUUCAGCUUUCUUAGAAAUAACUACUAUUGACGUAUUCUAAAAUAUUUAAAGCAGGAGAAGAAAAUGGAGUGAGGAUGCCGUGUUCAGAAAUAUCACUGUCAUGAAGAAUAGGUAAAUUUGUUUUUACAGCUCCUGGCAAAGUGUACCUCCAAGGAACCUGGAUUAUUAUUAUUAUUAUUAUUAUUUUUUAAGUGGACAAGGAUUAAAAAUAUCGACUUUUGCCUUUGGACAAAAAUGCAUUGGACUGUAUUUUUACUUAGGGUUACUGUGGGCUUCCUCUGGAGCAGCUGGGUUCAAGUGGGCUGUGCAAAAGGAGGCUUGGGAGACAAUCAUGUUCACUCCAGUUUUAUUUAUAGAAGACUACGGAACCACGAAAGACGGGAGAUACAGAGGGAAAUCCUCUCUAUUUUGGGUCUGCCUCACAGACCCAGGCCCUUCUCACCUGGCAAGCAAGCCUCGUCUGCACCCCUCUUCAUGCUGGAUCUGUACAAUGCCAUGACCAGUGAAGACAAUCCUGGGGAGUCGGAAUACUUGGUGAGGGUAUCCCUGGCAGGAGAGGACAAGGAAGCAAGAAAGGCGCACCCAGCCUCCCCCAGCGGGUAUGCUCAUCGUAUGCACUUAUCUCCAAGGAUUCCUCUGACCACUCGGAGCCCACCUCUUGCCAGCCUACACGAUACCAACUUCCUAAAUGAUGCUGACAUGGUCAUGAGCUUCGUCAACUUAGUUGAAAGAGACAAGGACUUUUCUCAUCAGAGAAGGCACUACAAAGAAUUUCGGUUUGAUCUCACCCAAAUUCCACAUGGAGAAGCAGUGACAGCCGCUGAAUUCCGGAUAUAUAAGGACAAGAGCAACCAUCGAUUUGAAAAUGAAACAAUUAAGAUUAGCAUAUAUCAGAUCAUCAAGGAAUACACAAAUAGGGACGCCGACCUUUUCCUGCUAGAUACAAGGAAGGCGCAAGCUGUAGACGUGGGUUGGCUUGUCUUUGACAUCACUGUGACCAGCAAUCAUUGGGUGGUUAAUCCACAGAAUAAUUUGGGCUUACAGCUCUGUGCAGAGACAGGGGACGGACGCAGCAUCAAUGUGAAAUCCGCUGGUCUUGUGGGAAGACACGGGCCUCAGUCAAAACAGCCAUUCAUGGUGGCCUUCUUCAAGGCCAGUGAGGUACUUCUUCGAUCCGUGAGAGCAGCCAGCAAACGGAAAAAUCAAAACCGCAAUAAAUCCAGUUCUCAUCAGGACCCCUCCAGGAUGUCCAGUGCUGGAGAUUAUAAUACCAGCGAACAAAAACAAGCCUGCAAGAAGCAUGAACUUUAUGUAAGUUUCCGGGAUCUGGGAUGGCAGGACUGGAUCAUAGCUCCAGAAGGCUAUGCAGCAUUUUAUUGUGAUGGAGAAUGUUCUUUUCCACUUAAUGCCCAUAUGAAUGCCACCAACCAUGCCAUAGUCCAGACUCUGGUACACCUGAUGUUUCCUGACCAUGUCCCCAAGCCUUGCUGUGCUCCGACCAAACUAAACGCCAUCUCUGUCCUGUACUUUGACGACAGCUCCAACGUCAUUUUGAAGAAGUACAGAAACAUGGUAGUACGUUCGUGUGGCUGCCACUAGCCCGAAGUAGUUGUUGCAAUAACGAAACAGAUCUGUAUUAUGUUUAUGACUGCAAUAAAAGAGGGGAAGUGGGGAAUUUCCUAAAAUCAGUCCGGGUCAUUCCAUCUCUCUAUAUAUGAUAUCAUGUAUAUCCACAUUUUAUUUAUUUAAAAAUAUAUAUUCUCUUUUGGAUGCCAUAUCAGUAAAAUCUAUUUUACAGGUUCCCAUAUCAUAUAAUAGAUUUCUACUCUAAUUCUUGAUGAGUGUGCUGAGUCCAGUUUAAUUCUAUGCCAGUAUUUCCCCAAUAGUAUUAUAAAUACUUUUCUGGUAUUAAAUAUAACUCCUUUGAAAGUUUAAUGUUGUCGAAGGGAAAUUAAUACAUCUGGUUAUAUUGCACCAAUGAAAACUAAAAUAGAAUAUUUAGAAAUAAAGUUUUAGAAACUAACAAUCAAACAUUUUAAAAAUAGAUUGACUAAACUCUUUUUUAACCAUUUGUUCUUUGGCUGAAGUAAAAUACUGAACUAGACUGGCAUAAGCAAACAGUAAUUAGGACACAGAAGUUUUGUCAUUUUUAAUUUUAAUUUUUAUUUUUUUACAAUUUAUUCACUGUCUAUCCCAAUUGUAGCCCCCUCCCUCAACUUCUCCCAGUCCCACGCUCCCUCCCUCUUCCUCCUAUCUCCUUCCCCUAGUCCACUGAAAUUAGGAAUUCUCCUCCCUUGCAUAUCAAGACUCUUCAGGACUGUCUGGAUCCUCUUCCUCUGUGGCCUGACAAGGUCAUAUCACCAGGGGCAAGUGAUCAAAGAGCAGGCAACCGAGUUCAUAACAGAGACAGCCCCUGCUCCCCUUACUUACAUGGAGACUAAGCUGCUUAUGGGCUACAUCUGAGCAGGGGAUCUAGGUCCUCUCUACUCAUUGUCCUUGGUUGGUGUAUCAGUCUCUGGGCUCAGAGAUUUUAGCUUUGUUCAAGGAGUUCCUGUCCCCUCUGGGUCCUUCUAUCCCGCUCCCCGCUUCUUCCAUAAGACUCCCUGUACUCUGCCCAAAGUUUAGCUGUUACUCUCCACAUCUGCUUUGAUCCCCUGUCGGCUGGAGUCUUUCAGAGGGCUCUCCAUAGUAGACUCCCAUCUUGUUCCCUCUCUUCCACCGCUUCUGGUGCAUCUUGCUUCUGAUUUGCAGAUAUAUAUAUAUAUUUUUUUUCUUUUUUUUUCCCCAAGAAGGUGAAAGCUUCAGAUAUUCUGUGGGGACAGGCUUGAGUCUAUGUCUACGUGCUUCCAAACGAACAGUACAACCUUACCUCGAAUCAAUCAGACCCGGCCAUUGUCUAUAGCACUACUGCUGAAGCGUUGUUUCAUUUUUUUUCUUGUUUAAAACCAAGUCCAAAGUAAAGAAGUAUUUGUAUGUACUGCAUUUUCCCCCACUACAGACAAGAAUCGCUUCACGCAUCAAAUGUGCUGGGUCUGGUGAUGCCAACGCGGCCUUUUAUUUUCACUGGCCUUUAGAGUGGGCCUUGUUAGAGGGUGGGAUGCAGGGGAUUUUAUUUAGGUUGAGAACAUUUGCAUUCAACUGAAGAAAAAAAAAUCACAGGAUGGUCUUGACAGAAUCGCCAUUUUAAAGCAGCUAAAAACUGUUUUUCAUAUUUUUGCGUGUAGGCUCAAUGAAAACCUGAUCUUACAAAGGGAUUUCUGAAGUUGUCUCCUGUGCCAAUGCGUUCAAAGCUCUUCUCCACUAUUUCUUGUAACAGAUUUAGCAUGUCUGGUUUUAUGUUGAGGUCUUUGACCCACUUGGACUUUACUGUGCAGGGCGAUAAGUAUGGAUAUACUUUUCUACAAAACCCUCCUCCAAGCAUGAAUAAGUAUGAUAAGUCAGGUUCUGGAGUGGUGUGAAAGUGGUUUGUGCGUACACAUGUGUACACACACACGCUCUUCUCUCUGAUGUUAAUUUAUUUUGAUCUCUGUUGGAAUGGUUACUGGCUACUAAGGUCUUUCUCCAGCACACACUGACUUUUUGAGGAGUGGGUCUUCAGGUCAAUCACUUCUUAACUGCUUCUGUAAGCUCCAUGGUGAUAUCUGUAACCGUUGACUUAAAACAUUCAUAAAGCACCGUUUACGAAGGCACCGUCUGUAGCUUUCAGGCAAAAGUUUAUUGUUAGUAAUUUCAAAAAACAUUGUGGCUCGUUUGUAAUUCAGAUAUUUUACAAUGUUGCUUUAAAACACAGUUUACAGUAUAGAAAAUAUGGUAUUGACAAUAUUGGGUGCAUACAUUAAGUAAUAUAUUUUUAGUUAAUAAGUUAAUAGUGUACCAUUGAGGCUAAGACUAGAGAUUAAGAAAUAGAAAUCUAUUAUAUUAUUUUUAAAUGUGCUACUUGAAUGUAUGUUUAUAUUUAAAAUAUAUUAAACUUGUAAAGCCA